ACUCGCUCCACACAUCGUGAGCUUUUCGACACUCGACAAGGUGAUCGCCUUUUUCUUCUUCUCAACCCACGAACCCGUCGACCCGCCGCCAACAAGUUCACGAGCCUCUCUCGACGAUCAUAAUGGCACCAAAAGGAAAGAAAGCGGCACCUGCGCCCUUCCCCCAGGGCAAGGCCGGCAGCACCAAGAAGGCGAAGAACCCUCUCAUUGAGAAGCGCCCUCGCAACUUCGGCAUCGGCGCUGAUAUCCAACCCGCCCGCAACCUCUCUCGCAUGGUGAAGUGGCCUCAAUAUGUCCGUCUCCAGAGGCAGAAGAAGAUCCUCAACAUGCGCUUGAAGGUUCCUCCUUCGAUCGCCCAGUUCCAGCACGUUUUGGACCGCAACACCGCGGCUCAGGCCUUCAAGCUCCUGAACAAGUACAGGCCCGAGACCAAGGCUGAGAAGAAGGAGCGUCUCAGCAAGGAGGCUACCGCCAUCGCCGAGGGCAAGAAGAAGGAGGAUGUCUCCAAGAAGCCCUACACUGUCAAGUUCGGUCUGAACCACGUCGUCGGUCUCAUCGAGAACAAGAAGGCGUCCCUCGUCCUGAUCCCCAACGAUGUCGACCCCAUCGAGCUCGUCGUCUUCCUUCCCGCGCUCUGCCGCAAGAUGGGUGUCCCCUAUGCGAUAGUCAAGGGCAAGGCCAGGCUCGGCACCGUCGUCCACCAGAAGACCGCUGCCGCUCUUGCUCUGACCGAGGUCCGCUCCGAGGACAAGAACGAGCUGUCCAAGCUCAUCUCCGCCAUCAAGGAGGGCUACCUCGAGAAGCACCAGGAGGCCAUGCGCCACUGGGGCGGUGGUAUCAUGGGUGCCAAGGCCAAUGCUCGCAUGGAGAAGAGGAGGAAGGCCAUCGAGAAUGCCAUCAAGAUCUAGAUAUGACUGGCAUGUGCAUGCGGUAAUGGGUAUCUCGUGGGUUCAGGCGUCACUUUACUCGUCACGGGAAGGGUUCUAUAGCAAUACCUGGUGUUUAGGACGACCAAAAGCGGCCAAAGAAGCUGCAAUCAAUCAUCAUGAAUUUCACGUAUACUCAC